AUGGCAGCAGCACGUCCCACUUGGUUGAUUACUGGAGCCUCAUCCGGCCUUGGCAAGUCGCUUUCUUUGGAAGCUCUCAAGGCUGGCUACAAGGUCAUUGGAACCACUCGUGACGUCGGCAAGGCUGAAACCGCCUAUCCCGAUUUCUCGGCCAAAGGCGGCAUCUGGAUAGGCAUAGAUCCUGCUGAAGAGGAUGCAUACGAUCAAUUCGCCAAGUGCUCUUUGGAACACAAUGUGGAUGUCCUUGUCAACAACGCGGGUUACGCGUUCAUUGGGGGUGUCGAAGAUACCAGUGAAAAUGAAGUGCGCGAUCAAAUGGAGGUCAAUUUUUAUGGGCCACUUCGCGCUGUUCGAGCGUGUCUCCCUGUCAUGCGUGCAAGAGGCUCCGGUCACAUUGUUCUGGUUAGUAGUGGUGCCGGAGAAAUUGCACGGAUCAACAGAUUCAUCGCCCGUCCUGGAAGAGCCACCUACUCUGCUAGUAAAUUUGCCAUCGAGGCUGUUCACGAGUCACUUUCCCACGAGGUGAAGACGCUCGGUAUCAAGAUCUUGAUAGUAGAGCCGGGCGCUUUCCGUACGCCAUUUUCUAGCCGCAUCAUUACCCCGGCUCAGUUCGAGAACGGCUUCAGUGAGGGCUACAAGGGUACUGCGGUAGAGCAGAUGGUCGCUGGGUCUCGACAGAUCACGUCCAUCCCUGACUUUGUCAAAGGAGACCCCGAUAAGGCGGCACAGGCAAUAAUCAAGGCCAUAAUUACGGGCUAUGACUAUCUUCGCAUGCCCCUGGGAAAGGACUGUGUGGCUGCGUUGGAGUCCAAGAUUGGGGAGCUACAGAGGGACCUCGAAGCUACCCGGCAUAUCGCCACAUCUACAGAUAUCGAUUGA